AAAGCUAAAUUUUGUCGAUGAAGUGAGUAACAUUGACUGUUAAUGUUAAACUACCGUUGGAGCUUUGUUGUUGGACAUAAAGUCAUUGAACGUAACUGAACUGAUAGACGCUUCAUUCUCUUCGCUGGUAUAUCUUGCUAACAUCGAUGUUAGCAAUUAGCCUGUUCGUGUAAAUGCUAUUCACUAGAAUGGACCUGUUGAACUCUCAGUUCCUGGACAAAAUGAACAAUAACAUUGGGAGACUGCACUACGAAGAUGAGUCCAGGACACCCUCCCUGCCCACUGCUAUGUCCAACAUAACUGGGCCUCCUCCACACUGUCCAAGCAAACGGAAGUAUGGUGAAGAACAAAUGGAUGACCGAAUCAACUGUGAUGAUGACCACAUGACCAAAAUGAGCAGAUUGUUUGCCACUCAGCUGGCCCGUCCCUCUGCUGGAGACAACCGUAAUGAGCACUGGAGUCACAGUCCUGUGGAGCACAUUACCUCCUCUUCUAAUGGUCUCCAUGGAGCCCACCUUUAUGCUUCCAUUUCUGGCUAUGCUGUAGACCAGCCUCUGCCUCUGACCAAAAGCAGCCACGACAUUGGAGUCAGCGGCAGAGAGAGGUCUGUCAUGGGUGGGACUGUAGAACGGCAGCAGAAUCGUCCCUCUGUCAUUACCUGUGCCCCAGCGAGCAACCGCAAUUGUAACCUCUCUCACUGCCACAUGAAUGGCUGCUCUCCCAGCCCAUCUGCUGAUCAGAGAAAGACCAAUGCUAACACAGUAUGUGAUCCUGUGAUUGAGGAGCACUUCCGUCGCAGCCUUGGGAAAAACUACAAAGAUGCGGAGCCUGUGUCCAACUCAGUGUCCAUCACAGGUUCAGUGGACGACCACUUUGCCAAGGCUCUGGGAGAUGCCUGGCUCCAAAUCAAGGCCAAGGGUGGGGGUCAUCAGACCCCAGAUGCAGAUCCAUGAAGCAGAGGGAAGUAAACAUUACAAUCGCCUUCUUAGUGUUUGCUUCUUGCCAAGCAUCAACUUCCCUUAGCAAAGAACAAUAUAAGACAUAUAACGUGGUGCUCUCCCAGGCUAUUUACUUUUGGACAUUGAGGGCGACCUUUUAUUAGAAUACUCAGCUCAUAUUUGUUCUCCAAAAUUGGGAAAGUUUCUCAAUUGAAGAAGAAAAAAUAAAUAUUGCGUAGUUGGAUUGACGAUGUUGGUUGUCAAAAUUGUACAAUCAUAGAUUUUAUCUUGCACCGAUAAUGAGAUUCACAAAGUUGUCGGAUGUUAGCUCAUGUUCUGUUUUACCUGCCUUUCACUUGCCUUGAUAGCCAAAGAAAUUCCUUGCCUUUUCCAUCAACAUAUAAACCAUAGAUCUGGUCUUCAUUGUUUCCAUUCUAAAAUCACACUGCUUUCUGAAUCUGUAUUACUUGAAAAGGACAGCCAGGUCUCAUUUGCACUAUUACAUUUCUGACCGUUUAGGUAGCAGGUUACCUGUUUCAGUUGGAGCUAAUAUGUUCAAGAAUGCGUCUUGUGUUUUGAAAUAGUGAUAAUGCAAUUAAGGCUCUGGUCCCCCUGCUUUCUGGAGACACUAGACUAAUCUGUCUUCUUUAUGAUCCUGAACUGGACUUAUCCACUGUUAACUAAAUAAUUUUAGUUUCCUGUCUAUAUGCUCACUGUGGCUGAUUACUUAGUAAACUAAUAUCAAUCAUAGUACAUAUCUCUAACUAGAAAGCAUGUUUCAAAUAGCUGGUUUCUAUUACAAUCCUUAUUCUAUACUAUAUAUUUACUCAGAAUUUAUUUUUUACCUGUAACAUUUUAGAAAUACUCACUGCUGGUACAGUUGUACUCAAUAUAUUUUUUGUAUCUGGUUUUCAUUACUAUAUAUAGGUUUAUAUCUUAGCAUCCAUCUACAAAUCACAGCCUCUGGCAAGGUUGUCUGAAUGCAGUUUAAUAGGCUACAUUGCUUUGUUACUCUGUGGAGCUGGAUGCUUUAUACAUGACUGAAUACAGCUAAAUCUGACCUUCUGUAGUACAGUCUUUUAGCAGUGGCUUUAUUUAUUCACAACAUGUUGAUGCUUUCAUGUUGACUUUUGACAACAGAAUUCUUUUUUUUAAUUUGUUGAGAACACAAGAGGAUGUCUCCAUUGCUUCAAUGACAAAAUUGAUUUCCCUUAAAAACGAAGAUUUUAAAGCAGAUGCAAUGUGAGUGUCCUUAACUGUUGAGUAGGCAUCAUUCCACCGUGACUGCCAGACAUGUAUCAGUCAUUUCAGUUGUGUUCAGCAAAUACUGUUACAGGUAUGUUUGUCUUUCUUGAUUAAGAUGAUGUCAUGAUGCUAGCUGCAAAAAUCUUCCUUAUUAUGGAGAAAAGGUUAAAAUGAGCCACAAAGUUUUUUAUGCAGUUGAGUUUUGUUUAAAUUAAUUUCUCACCCUUCUGAAAUUCUCUACUUACAGUAGCAUAACCUAUUUGUCAACACUGAUUAAGAUAUGGUAUUGUAAAUUCAGAUUUUUUUUGUUUGUCAAUUAACUGUCUGUGAAAACAUAUACAUUUGUAUUAAUAUUCAACAGUUUUUAAAAUUGUUACAUACACUAUCCUGUCUUUAUAUUUUAUUUUACUCAUGUAAGACUAUCAUUGCGCCGCGCGGAAUGAUCAUAGAUAUUUUGUUUUCUAUUCAGAGUAGUGUACUCGUGUAGCAUGGAUGCUCAUUAUCUUCUAACCAUGGUUCUAUCUUUCUAAAAGUUGAUUAUUUUCCCACAGUUAUCAGAUGAUAAAAAAGUGCAGGAACACAACAGUCUUUUGAUCAAAGACUUUCUUGGUGCAGUGUCAGAAAGACUUCUACACUAACAGUUUAAAGAGUUUGUGUCUGUGUGUACCAUAGUGGAGUUUAGGGAUUAUCAUGGGAUCUGCUUGUUUGACACAAGUAGAUUUUUUUUAGUAAUAUGUUUGGGGUAUUAGUCCAUUGUUAUUUAAUUGCUAUGUUUAGACUACCUGUAUCUCAAAGACUGUUAGCAGAAAGGACCUGCUCCAGGUGUCAUCCACAUGUAAAACAUAUGUUCACUUUUGUCCUUAUUUCUCUGGAAGAAAAUGCCACUGUUUGUACUUAAUUUCUUCCAAAUAAACAUUCAAAUGCCAA